GCAAAAGUUCCCGAUCCUACAGGCUUCGGAAUCCGUCGAGCGCGUGGCGAAAUCCGAACCCCGCCUCCCCCGCCUCCCAUCGAUGCAGGAGCACCGAUGGGUGGUGGGGGGCAGGGCUCGGCUGUCGCCACCAAGGCGCGCCGCAUGCCGGCCGCGGGCGGCGGCGGCCGCCGCAGGAGGCACGGCAAGCCCCUGGCCGCCCCGCUGCUGGCAUCGGUGCUGCUCCUGGUGCUGCCCGCGGUCGCGUGGUGGCGGCGGGAGGUCAGGGCGGCCAUCGGGCUGCGCCUCGGCCGCCACCUCGGGCCAGGCCACGCUGGCCACGCGACCAGCCCGCCCCUGGCGCUGCUGGACAGGAGGGCCCUCCUCAAGGCCAAUCAUGCCGCCGUCAGGCAGCUGCGCGCCAACACCAGCAGUCCUCAGAGCGACCACGAUCUGCUCGCCCACCUGCGCGCGGCGUCGCUUAACCACCAGAGCCCCUCCGAGCGGGUGCUCGAGACGGACGCGUGGCGCCGCAGCAGCGGCAUCGCCGCGAAGAUGUCGGACGCGGAGUGGAGGCGGGCUGAGAGGGAUGCCCGCCGCGUUCUGAAAUGCGACUUCCUGGGCCUGGACGCGGACUGCCGGCCCGUCCUGGUGCAGCACGUGGGCAGGUGGGACAUCAUAGCAGCCGUGGAGCAGGCCGCCGAGGACCUGGACCGAUUCGUCAUGCUCAACGCCAUGAUAUGCGAGGUGCUACUGCGCAUGCCGCGGCCGGCGGGCGCCAAGGACGCGCGCGGCGUCGUCGUGAUCAUGGACAUGGAGGGCCUCGGCACGAGGCACCUCAGCGCCAGGAUGCUCCACGCCUUCAAGGCGGUGGCCCACGUCGUGCGGAGGUUCUACCCCGACCUGCUGGCGCACAUGUUCGUCGUGAACGCGCCGUGGGCGUUCGUGCUGCUGAAGGCCGCGAUUCAGCCGCUCUUCAGCGCGGACUCCCUUUCCACGCUGCACAUCUCCUCGGGAACGCCGCCGGAGAGCUCGCCGGCCUCGGGCAGCGCUGCCUGCCAGUGGAGCUCGGGGGCCUGCGCCCCCGCGUCUUCCCCUACGACGAGUCGGCGGCGACGUCGGAGUGGGGCGGCGCAUAGCGCUUCGCGUCGCGUCGGCGGCGCGCGGGAAGCAGGCAGGCGCGGGCCGAGCUCGUCGACUCCGGCUCCGGCGGGCGCUCCCCGCGCUGCACCUCGGGCUCGCCGAUGCCCGAUGGCGGCAGCUCGCCGAUCUGGGCGCGGCCUCUUUCAAAGAGUCGGGGCACGCCAUAUCCUCGUGGCGAGUUUCGGCGGCCCACUCGUGCAGGAGCGGAGCAAGAAGGGGCGGCCUUCUGAGAGGGCAGGGGCCUUGUGGAGAGGACUCAGGGGCAUUCACAGGGGCAUGCAGAUCCUUCCCGAAGAUGGCCCACAGCACUUGCCUGCACCAGCCCGAGAAGGUCGCCCCGCGGCCAGGGAGCGAGGAGGAGUGGAAGUGGACGCGGAGGGGAACGGGCAGGAGCAGCAGCAGGAGCAACGACAAGCAGUGCGGGCGCGGCUGGCGGCCGUCGCCUGAGCGCCCCGGCUUUGUGUCAAGGCAUCUGGAACCUGUCUCUAUACCACAAAAUGCCUUUUCAAUUACAUCUACACGGUGGCGGAUUUAAAAUUCAGGUUUGCGGUGUGUCCAGUGGGGCUAUGAGAGUUACAAUCAGACGUUCUUGCACGUCAGCCCUGACAGUGCGCGUCGCCUGCUGUUUGUUUUCUUGCCUAGAAGCGGUUGUUCUGGUCCUCCUUCCUGUCUGUUCCUCCUCCAUCUU